AGCGCGAGCGCUGCUUCCAGAACCGUCCCAGAACAGCCAGCGUAGCUUACUCAGCCCCGAACGCUCCUUGGUAGUUUUUCAACUCGCGCACUGUUCUAUAAUAAACCGAAGUAGACAUGCCUAUGUCCAAGCUCCACGAUAUUCCGCAGGAGUAUUUGCAAUAUAUGGUCGACAUCAUGCACAAGGAGGGACACCACUAUUUCUUUCACGAUGUAACGCAAUAUGAAGACGACGUGAUUGGGCCAGACAAGUUGUUCGUGGGAUUCACAAUCCGCAUUUUCUUCUACAGCAAGGACCAAUCAGGCCAUGCAAAAUUAGCGGCAUACUGGAGUUCAGGAUGGCAAAUUGCGACCGAAUUUCGCGACAAAAGCAUACGGUACGCGGGACACACAGGUCUCGCACCAAUAGAAUAUAAGAGCGCUCACAUUUCAUUGCCGGACGACGCCGUAUACUCGCUUGCCAUUCGAGUUACAGGGAAGGACAUAAUAGAGGCGCUCGUGAAUGAAGAGGGUUUCUACAAGCACGAGAAAAGAAACGUCAUAGGCCACCCAUGCUGGUUCUACAUCAAAGCCGAUGGUCUUCUGCUUCUGGGGAUGAGCAUCGCUAGUGAGACUGUUCCGCGGGCGGCUAAUCUCUGGGUAAGUCAUUGUGGAAGACGGUGUUGUCUAUGGAAUCUGAAGAUGCCAGCGGGAACCGUAGGUGUUUACACAUGCGCUCUGGUGGACAACACUAAGGAAAACUGGAUCGAAUUGACACACGCGAAUGGUUCAAAAACAUCGCACCAUUUUAGCCACGCAAAACUUCCGAAUGGUAGGCUACUGCAUUACACCAUUCGCAUAUCAUUUACGGAGUACAUCGUAAGCACCGAUUUCGACAACACAAUUGUUCCGCAAGAAUCCGAGACACCGAACUACAUUAACGCAUUAUUCUCAGAAGCACUGAACAUCAUCAACUUCGAUGUGCACCUGCGUGCCUCACAGAGCUACCCAACAGAGGGGGAGGAGAAAAAGAAGGAAGGAAAGGACGUACCCUACACGUAGAAGACGAGUUUACUCUCUGCAUUCACUCGUUUCCAGUGCUUCCGUAAUUAGCAAAAUCUGUUGCCUCAAAUAAACCAAUACACAUGUUUCAAUAAAGUAUUA